AUGGCCAUGAACCCUUUGAUAGCAGUCUCUGGACAGCAGAAGAUCCCACUGCUUUCCUCAGCCUUUGAACCUCCAGCUGUGGAUAGAGAUCUGUUGUCCUCUACUGCAGUUCCAACUGAUCCGAGACAGUUUUAUGUUCCUUCCUCAUUUGGAUCUUCUGUUUCACAAAAUGCAAAUAUGCCAAACAUGUUGGCCAGUCGUGUCUAUUCAGGCUGGGGUGUUUUACCACCUGAAUCCAUAAGAGCAAUGACCAGAAGGAAUGAAGUGAUUCAAAGGCAGCAUACUGCCAGGAUGGAAUUGGAAAUGCAUGCCAUUUACCAGCAACGGAGAACAGAGAACAUUAAUUCCAAGAGAAUAGGCAGCCUUAGGACACCACUAUUCUAUGGCUCCUAUAUCCCAGCUGGGCCAGCCUCACAUCCCAGCAGGAGUAUGCUCCCUGCCAGUGACCUGCAUUAUCACAGAAGUACUCUGAGAAAUCUGCAGGGAAACCCUAUGUUAGCAUCAAGUUGUCCACACUUUCUAGAGAGCUGGGGGCAGAAAUGCCGUCGUCUCAGGAAAGGUAACAGGAGCCACAAAGUUCUAGACAAUGAUACUCAGAGUUUCAAAAGUCAAGCAGAAAACAACUUCCUAGACCAGGCACAUGCAAAACCCCAUGAAGAAGAUGAACGUGCAAAGGGCCUAGAGUCUGAAAUUCUCAACAAUCAGAAAUUCGAGGAAGCCAAGGAAGAACCCACAGAAGCCUGUGUCAACACUUGUGGCAAACCUGAGUACACCCAUAAAAAUCCUUGGGAUUCUUGUGGUGCUUCACAGGAAGUAAAGAUCUGGACUGGUGAGAAAGCUAAGACUCCAGAGCAGUUGUUUGCAAACUGCAGUGAGAAGAAUGGAACUUGCCCUCCAGUCCCAGCUUCUCUGACAGGAACACCCACAAUGAAUAUAAUCAGUGAAAAUGUAUCUCUGGAUGAAGAUAUUCAGAAAUGGACAGCCAAUGAUGUACAUGACUUCAUCAGUGGUCUUCCUGGUUGCUCAGACUAUGCUCAGGUGUUUAAAGAUCACGCAAUUGAUGGAGAAACAUUGCCCUUGCUUACAGAACAGCAUCUUCGAAGCACUAUGGGAUUAAAGCUGGGGCCAGCACUCAAGAUCUUAUCACAGGUAUCUCAGCAUAUGGAGACCCUGUUAUACAAGAAAAGUUUUUCACAUCCUACCCAUACAAAACAAGUAUUUGAUCAAACAGCAGAUACAUCCCCUCUUUUGGACUUUAAUGCCUGGGGUGAUACAUUAAACAUAGCUUAUCCCCAGAAUACAGUAGUAGCUCUUAAAGGAACUGAGCAAGAUAAAGUGAGAAAUUAA